AUGAAGCAGAAUUUGGUUCGCGGCUUUUUAGCUGCCACCUUCGCAGCAUGCACAUCUGCUGUUGGAACUCCCGUCAUAGCCCCUCGAGCUUCUUCAACUGUAGUCCCAGUUACUGUCUCCGGCAAUGCCUUCUACCAGGGUACUGAACGCUUCUACAUCCGUGGCGUCGACUAUGCUCCAGGUGGUGGUAUUGGUACGCCGACGGACCCAAUUGCAGACAGUGCGGGCUGUGAACGAGAUAUUCCGAAUUUCACCAAGUUGGGUAUCAACACCAUUCGUGUCUAUACAAUCGAUAAUACGGCCAACCAUGACGCUUGUAUGAAUGCAUUGGCUGCUGCAGGCAUCUACCUCGUUCUUGACACCGAUACACCUCUAUACUCCCUUAACAGAGCAGAUCCCGCGCCCUCGUACAACAGUAUCUACCUCCAGAGUGUCUUCGCGACUAUCGAUGCGUUUGCAAACUACCCCAACACUCUCGCCUUCUUGUCCGGAAACGAAGUCAUCAACAAUGCCAGUAACACCAAUGUUGCUCCUUACGUGAAGGCAACGACAAGGGAUAUGAAGCAAUACAUUGGAAGCCGAGGCUAUCGCAAGAUUCCCGUUGGUUAUUCCGCUGCAGAUGUUGAGGCCAACCAACAAUUGAUGGCCGAAUACAUGAACUGUGGAACCGAUGACCAACGCAGCGAUUUCUAUUCUAUCAACGAUUAUUCCUGGUGCGACCCGUCUAAUUUCCAGACUUCUGGUUGGGAUACUCUUGUUGCCAACUACAGCAGCUAUGGGAUCCCUCUCUUCAUGUCUGAAUACGGUUGCAUAACCAACAACCGCACCUUCGAAGAAGUCGCUGCCCUUUACAGCCCCGAAAUGACCAGCGUCUUUUCUGGCGGUCUCGUCUACGAGUACUCUGAAGAAGGCAACAACUACGGUCUCGUCACCAUCAACGGCAACACCGCCACCCCCAACGACCAGUUCACCUACCUCGAAACCGCCUACAAAAACACUCCCAACCCCACCGGUCUUGGCGGCGCCAAGACCUCCUCCCCAGCCUCUAACUGCCCCCCUGAAUCCGCCCAAUGGCAAGUCGCCAACGAUGACCUCCCCGCCAUUCCCGCCCCGGCCGCGGCCUACAUGAAGAGCGGUGCCGGCAAGGGACCUGGUCUCUCCGGCCCCGGUAGUCAAGCCGCCGGCACGACCGAGAACGAGAGCACGGGGACCGCGUCCGCGGGCUCGGGGACCGUGACGGAGACAGCGAGCGCAUCAUCAGGUACAUCGACCAGCACGGCGAAGAGCGCGGCGGCGCGGGUGGGUGGUGGUUUCUCGGUCGUGGUGGCGCUGCUAUCAAGCUUGGUGAUGGGCAUGCUGCUGCUGUAA